UGUCAAGUGAAAUGAAUCGUUUUGAAGUAGUGACUGUUUUACCCAUAUUUUAAUUUUAUUAUUGUACACAUCAAACUGUCAUACAAGUUUAAAAUAUUUUUAUAUAGUGAGUGAAAAAGUGGUCAACCAGUUAAUGUGCAUCCGUGUCUUAAAUUUUGUGAUUGAUGUUGAUGUUUUUAUGUUCGCUGAACAAUACUGUGAAAUUUGUUACGAAAUCACAUAAAUUGUGAAGGACGAGAAGAUUUACCAUGUGACUAUAUGUGAUUAAUUGCUAAUGUAAAAAAAGUAGCCGACAUUAACUUUGGUUCUGUUCAAUGGAUUCGAAAGAGAAAUCAAAAAAGAGAGAUCGUAAAAAUGAGAAGAAGAAAAAAAUGGCGCCUGAAAAGGCCGAAAUGACUACAGACGAAGAUCAACAAAAUGCAAAUAAAGAAGAUAGUGAGUCCGAAUCUGGAAAUUCCACGGAUAGUGAAGAAUUAGUAAACGCUCUUAAUUACAACACUAUAACUUCUUUAGCUGCUUUAAAAGACAUUAUUCAAGGUGACAAUGACACGCCUGAAACUGAUAGUUUCUUUCAACAUUAUUUUAUGAAUCAUUGUAAUAAUUUAUCCAGUCGUAAUUCUAACUCUACAUCACCAUUUUCAUUUACUGAAAGACGCAGAUUAUCACAAUGUCGCGAAGAAGAUGAAGAUGACGAAAAGAAAGAUUGUGCGAAACAAUCGAAUGGUUCUUUACUCACAAAUUUAGAAACCACUUAUUUAGCCAUAAGCGAUUCUCUUUCAAACCAGAAAGAUAAGGAAGAUAUGAUCAUAAAAGCUGACGAAACAGUGCAUUCUGGCGACGCAGCGAAUGUUUCAGAUGAUGAUGAUUCUGAAAAACGCACUGUUAUGGGAGCGAAACAUAAAUUCUUGGUUACAAAAACGGAGCAGAUGUCGCCUAUUGUCAGGCAAGCACUUCGUAAUCAAGUUAAUAAUGCGCACACAGUGCAUUUUGGAACAAAGGGAGCUGAAGAGCAAAGGCCGAGUGUAAGGACUAUUUUCACAGGACAGAAUCUCCAUCGUGACAAAAAUUAUUUUGAUAGUAGUUUAAUAGAAAUAAGAUCUACAGUGGACGGAGUUCUCCCCAGUUCCGAGGAAAUUUGGGUCAAAAGGGCAGAUGCUAAACAAGUUGUUAAAGAGGACAAGCUGGUGGCGAAAGUUGAAUCUACUUCACAAAAAAUCGAAGAAAAAAAGCCGGAACCGCAGCCGGAAAAAGUACGAGAACGCUCUGGAACAUGGGGAUCACAAACCGCACGCAAAGAAAAAGAGUUACCAAAAAAACCUACAAAGGAUAAAGAAGUACGAAGGAGUAGUGACGAAAGACGACAAAAAAGAGAUCAACGUCUGGAUGCAGCGAUCACACGAAGUUCGCAGUCUGUCGGGGAACGUAAGCGCCGAGGUUCAGCUGACGAUGGUCAAGCUCAUCCUAUGUAUCAACAAACAAUACAUGGAACCUCCGGGGUGAGUCGCAGGCCAGCCUUGUUCGAUAUUUUCAAGUCUCGUCCACGUGGAGAUGCCAAGAAACAACCAUCGAUCAUGCAACAGGUUAAAGCCGCGGUUCAGAUUAUGACAAAAUCGGGUACAGCUAGUAAGGAAUCUGUAAAGUCUGAUAAACCGGAGGCCUCGCCGAGCUCGUCGGGUGCACCUGCCGUGAAAACGAAGGACGGCUCAGCUCAUCCGCAUCCUGGCAGCGACACUAGAUACUACCACACUGUAACCGCAUCAACAUCACGCCGUCCGAGUGCGAUGGCUAAAGUAAUGGACAUCUUCCGUGGCCGAGCCUCCAUUCCUGGACAAACUGUGCCGCUGGAGAACGCUGAAAAGAGGAGAGCGAGGGCGAUAGCUCAGCAACACCAUUAUGCUUCAGGGGCUUAUUUACGGCGGGCAGCGUCACAAGAGGCGGAGAAGCGUCGCUCAUCACUCGGCAACGUUCCCACUGCGCGCCACCGCGCAUCUGACGCCUUCCUUGAUCCCCAUCAUGCAGCCAUAUUGUUUAGAGAUUCGAGGGGGUUGCCGGUUGCUGACCCGUUCCUGGAAAAAGUCAGCCUUUCUGACCUAGAGGAAGAUGAGUCGCAGAUAUUCGUGAAGUUUUUCAAGUUCCACAAAUGCUACGAUCUCAUCCCAACGUCCGCUAAACUGGUGGUCUUCGACACCCAGCUGCUCGUGAAGAAGGCUUUCUUCGCUCUAGUUUAUAACGGUGUUCGCGCUGCGCCACUAUGGGAUUCACAGAGGCAGAGGUUCGUGGGCAUGCUCACGAUCACGGACUUCAUAAAGAUCUUGCAAAUGUAUUACACCAGUCCCAACGUGACCAUGGAUGAGCUGGAGGAGCACCGUCUGGAGACGUGGCGACAGGUGCUGAAGGGAUCCGUAAUGCCGCUGGUGUCUAUCGGACCCGAUUCCUCCUUGUUUGACGCGAUCAAGAUGCUCAUCACGAACCGCAUACAUCGGCUGCCGGUCAUCGACCCCGAUACCGGCAACGUUCUUUAUAUACUCACUCAUAAAAGGAUACUCAGAUUUCUUUUCCUUUAUAUAAACGAGCUCCCAAAGCCGUCCUACUUGCAAUGCAAGUUGCGCGAUGUUCGUAUCGGGACCUUGAAGGACAUAGAAACAGCUACCGAGGAUACUUCGAUCAUCGAAGCGUUGAGGAAGUUUGUCAACAGACGAGUUUCAGCUCUGCCCCUCAUCGACACCGAAGGCCGCCUCAAGGAUAUUUAUGCUAAAUUUGACGUUAUUAAUUUGGCCGCUGAGAAGACUUACAAUAACUUGGACGUUUCGCUGAAGAAAGCGAAUGAACAUCGUAACGAAUGGUUCGAAGGAGUUCAGAAAUGUAAUCUCGAUGAAACGUUAUACGAAGUCAUGGAAAGGAUCGUACGCGCUGAGGUGCAUCGUUUGGUAGUUGUAGACGAGGAAGACAAAGUGAUCGGUAUUAUAUCGCUGUCCGACUUGCUCAUGUACCUCGUGCUGCGUCCGACCGGCGACUGUGAAGGGUCAAGUCUUCGCAACGAGCAUGGCCCUAUCGAGGAAAAAGAUGAGACUCAAAGUUCAGAGGACAAAGACAACGAAGGAAAUACUCCGAACAACUCAGAUGCUAAAGACGAAGAGUGCUAAGGCCAGUUAAUGUGAUCGAGUGACCGUGUAUGUAGCGUAAGAUUUGUUUAGUGUAAGCGACGAGCGUGGCUCUAUUCACAGACGGUUGUGAUUUAAAACGAAAAAUAUAUAGAAACAGUUCAGAUCGAGUUUGAAUUAUCUAAGCAACAUAUAUUGUAAUCUAUGUCUAAUAUUCUUGCUGGUUAAAUAUAAAUUUUCUUUACAACAUUAUCUUUUAUCAUAACAAAGAUUUCGUCCCGUUACCGGCCAACUGUCUACUUAUUCCACUUUAAUGAUAUAAUAUUUAUUUGCAUAAUUCUGUAUAAUUAUAAUACAAUUCUUAUUGUCGAAUAGCCACACAUUUAAAUAUAAGAUUCUCUUAUUAAUGUCCGUAUUUGUAGAAUCCAAAGUGAAUUUUCUUUUAGGUUCGUUAUACAUUAAAUAAACAAUUUCAUAAUAAUGUUUUAAUUGAUGUUUAGAUGACUUGUAUAUUUUGGGGAGUCCAUAUUUGUUUUCUGUAGGUAAUUUUUCUUAUGUCGACCUUUUUUUUUUAGUAUGAUUUUUUAAAUAUUAUUUGUACAGAUUGUCACAGAUGUUGGUGUAUGUACUCGUAGACGUCGUCGCUGCGUUUUUUUUUUUAACUUCAUAGACUAGGUUUAUCUUAAUAGACUAUGGGAAAAUGAUUAAUAGUUUUGGCGGAUUUUUUUCGAAAAAUCUAUGAAAAUUAAUUUGCAUGUGAAUGUCAGUUCACUAUUUUAUCGUAAUAGUGAAACGCAACAAUUAAUAAUAACAAUCUCCUUGACAUUUUAACUCUUAGGCUUAAGUUUGUUUACAUUGCAAAAUUCCUAUUGACAAUACUUUUAUUGCUCAUAUAUCAAAGUUAUCAAACGCUCCAAACACUUAUUAUUUGAAAUUAUGAUCGAUAUAUCACAAGAGAGUUUAAUUAAAUCGUUCACAUUAAUAAAUUGAUUAAAGAACAAAUGUAUGUUCUGGAAUAAAUAAUCUAAUUUACACUCCAAUCGAGAUGGACUCGCGUGUUUGUCAAGUGUGUACUACUUAACUAAAAUUCCUGAUUACAAUCUCAAUAAAUGUUAAUCUUCAAUUCAUAAUUAAACCACUUUGAAAAACACGAGUGAACAUCGCGUUGUCAUUAUUUUUCUCUGUGUAAUUUUUGUUCCUUAAUCUAUUACCAAACAAAUAAAAGAUACGCAUGUUGUUUUGGAGCUGACGUGCGCUGCAAGUAUUA